UGCUGAGCUCUGUUUCCUGAAACGCAUACUUCAGGAUUAGGAAGAACACACCCAGUGACAUCAGUGAGGUUUGAAGAAGAAAAAAGUUUCUACUCAAACUGUGCAGAGGACGAAGAAGAGGGCCGAAAGGUCCUGCCCGGGUUUUCUUUAGGUUUUAAGUUGUUUUUUUUUCGCUCCGGAGAGUUGAACCGAGCUGUCCGGACUGUGCGUAAAAGUUUUUCUCUGAAGCGAACCGCGGAGCGCAGAGACUCGCGUUUCUCAAGAGAGGAGGAUGUCAACUUCAGACGAAGCAGACGGGCUCCGGCCGAGAUAUGGCUCCGUGCUGGAUGGCGUGGAGCGACUCACGGCGGAGGAGAUGGACGAGCGGCGGCAGCAGAACAUGGCCUACGAGUACCUCUGUCACCUGGAGGAGGCUAAAAGAUGGAUGGAGGCCUGUCUGGACGAGGAGUUACCUCCCACCACAGAGCUGGAGGAGGGGCUGAGGAACGGCGUCUAUCUGGCCAAACUGGGCAACUUCUUCGCCCCGCACACCGUCUCCCUCAAGAAGAUCUACGACCGUGAGCAGACGCGUUAUAAGGCAACGGGUCUCCAUUUCAGACACACAGACAAUGUCAUCCAGUGGCUUAACGCCAUGGCAGAGAAGGGACUGCCAAAGAUCUUCUACCCUGAAACCACAGACAUAUAUGACAGAAAGAACAUGCCACGCUGCAUCUACUGUAUACAUGCACUCAGCCUGUACCUGUUCAAGCUGGGCCUGGCCCCUCAGAUCCAGGACCUGUAUGGAAAAGUAGAUUUCACUGAGGAGGAGAUCAACAACAUGAAGAGUGAGCUGGAAAAGUAUGGAAUCCAGAUGCCCGCCUUCAGCAAGAUUGGCGGCAUCCUGGCCAAUGAGCUCUCGGUGGAUGAAGCCGCAUUGCACGCAGCCGUGAUCGCCAUCAACGAGGCCAUCGACCAGGGCGUUCCAGAGGGCACGGUGGCGGCCAUGCAGAACCCCAACGCCAUGCUGGUCAACCUGGAUAACAAAUGCGCCAGCCAGUACCACGACACACUGUCCCAGGCCAAGGCAGAGAAGGUGGCCAACUCACGCAAACGGCAAAUGGAGAACGCCGAAGCAGAGAGAGAUAUCUACGAUGAACUUCUCACCCAGGCUGAAAUCCAGGGCAAUGUCAACAAAGUCAACGUGAGCAACGCUUUGAGCGCAGCUGAACAGGCUUUGCUGGGCGGCAAUGAGGAUAAACUAUACGAGGCGCUGAAGGCCAUGGGCGUCCAGAACCUGCAGCCUCAGAACAAAGCCUGGUACCUCAAACAGCUGCAGGCUGAUAGAGAGACUAAAGAGCAGACGUCUCCAGGAGAAGCCCUGACGAAGGACGAGUUGCAGAGCGGCGUGGACGUGUCCAAUGAUAUAGCAGAAGGCUACCUGAAGAUGUUGAAGGCAGUGGAACGCAUCAACGCUGCCAUCAGGGCGGCUGUUCCUGAGAAGACGGUCGAGGAGCUGAUGAACCCGCACGCUCAGCUGCCUGAAGUCUACCCGAGCGCUGCAGACCUCUACCAGAGAGAGCUGUCCAGCCUGCAGCAGCAGAGCCAGGAGGGUUCGCUGUCCCACCCGGAGCUGCUUGUUGCCGUGGAGAUGCUGUCAUCGGUGGUGCUGAUGAACGAGGCGUUGGAAGUGGGAGACCGAGGCGCCCUCUGGAAACAACUGUCCAGCUCUGUCACUGGGCUUAGCAACGUGGAGGGUGAAUAUGCACAGAGGUACAUGGAUGAGCUGAUGCGUCUUAAGGCAGCAGCCAGAGAGGAAGGCUCUGCCUAUCUGACAUGGAACGACAUUCAAGCCUGUAUCGACCAGGUCAACAUGGCUGUGCAGGAAGAGCAUGAACGUAUCGAAGCUAUUGGACGGAUCAAUGAGGCCCUGGAUGAAGGGGAUCCCAUGAAGACCCUCGCCAUGCUGCAGAACCCGUCAGCCAAGCUCACCGAUGUGGACCCGUCUGUGGCUCAGCAUUACCACGAUAAACUCCUGGAGGCCCGCAGAGAGAAGGCUCACGAGACCCAGGACCCCUCUGCUGUGCUGUGGUUGGAUGAGAUCCAGGAUGCUAUUCUGAAGGCUAACCAGGACACACAGGAAGCCUUACAGUUCUCGCAGUCCAUCCAGGCCAUCAAUGAGGCGGUGGAUACUGGUGACGCAGCUCAGACUCUGGCUGCUCUGCGUAACGCCGGGGCAGGACUGUACGGAGUCACCUCUGAAUGUGGUCAGACCUACCAGAACGACCUGGCCAAGAUCAAAGAAGACAAAAAGAAAGAAGGUGAUAAUGGCAGCGACUGGGUGCAGCACUGGGUGAAGGGCGGACACAACUACUACUACAACCUGAAGACCAAGGAGGGCACCUGGGUGCAGCCGGAGAGCUUUGUAACAAACAACACCCAACUCAACAAGGAGGACAUCCAGUCGGUGGUUUCUGGGGUAACCACAGCCUACAAUCGAGAGCAGCUGUGGCGGGCCAAUGAGACUCUAAUUACCAAGCUGCAAGCUCGUUGCCGUGGCUACCUGGUGAGGAAUGGCCUGAAGGAGCGGAUGAACUUCCUGAAAUCCCAAGAACCAGCUGUAACUCGCAUACAGGCUCACUGGAAGGGCCACAAACAGAGGAGGAAGUUCAAAGACCGUAACCAGUACCUGAAAGACCACAGUGGAGAUGCUGUCAAGAUCCAAGCAAUGGUUCGGAUGCACCAAGCUCGUAAGAAGUAUAAGGAUCGUCUGAAGUACUUCAAUGAUCAUAUCAAUGACGUGGUGAAGAUUCAGGCUUUCAUUAGAGCCAAUAAGGCCAGGGACGACUACAAGACGCUGAUCAACGCCGCGGAUCCUCCGAUGGCGGUGGUGAGAAAGUUCGUCCACCUGCUGGACCACAGCGACCAGGACUUCCAGGAGGAGUUGGAGCUGAUGAGGCUCCGCGAGGAGGUGGUGACCAACAUCCGCUCCAAUCAGCAGCUGGAGAACGACCUGAACCUGAUGGACAUCAAGAUCGGCCUGCUGGUGAAGAACAAGAUCACGCUGCAGGAGGUGGUUUCUCACAGCAAGAAGCUGACCAAGAAGAACAAGGGCCAGCUGUCCGACAUGAUGAUGAUGAACAAACAGAGAGGAGGCCUGAAGGCUCUCAGCAAGGAGAAGAGGGUCAAACUGGAAGCCUACCAGUACCUCUUCUACCUCUUACAGACCAAUCCAACGUAUCUCGCCAAGCUGAUUUUCCAGAUGCCCCAGAAUAAAUCCACAAAGUUCAUGGAUUCUGUCAUCUUCACCCUGUAUAACUACGCCUCUAACCAGAGAGAGGAGUACCUGCUGCUCAAGCUCUUCAAAACUGCCCUGCAGGAGGAGAUCAAGUCGAAAGUUGACCAGAUGAAGGAGGUCGUCACAGGAAACCCCACCGUCAUCAAGAUGGUUGUGAGUUUCCACCGAGGUGCCCGGGGUCAGAACGCGCUGAGGCAGAUCCUGGCGCCGGUAGUCAAGGAGAUCAUGGAUGACAAAACGCUAAACAUCAAGACCGACCCCGUGGACAUCUAUAAGAGCUGGGUCAACCAGAUGGAGACGCAGACCGGAGAGGCCAGUAAGCUGCCUUAUGAUGUGACUCCGGAGCAGGCUAUGGCCCACGAGGAGGUGAGGACGAGACUGGAAGCCUCCAUCAAGAACAUGAAGACGAUCACUGACAAAUUCUUGUCUGCUAUCAUCGUCUCGGUGGAUAAAAUACCAUACGGGAUGCGGUUCAUCUCCAAGGUGCUCAAGGACACCCUCCACGAGAAGUUCCCGGAUUCUACAGAGGAUGAGCUCCUCAAGAUUGUUGGGAACCUCUUAUAUUACCGUUACAUGAACCCUGCCAUCGUGGCACCUGAUGCCUUUGACAUCAUUGAGAUGUCGGCGGGUGGUCAGCUGACCACCGAGCAGCGACGAAACCUGGGAUCCGUCGCCAAGAUGCUGCAGCACGCCGCCUCCAAUAAGAUGUUCUUGGGAGACAACGCCCACCUCAAUCCCAUCAACGAAUAUCUCAGCACGUCCUAUCAGAAGUUCAGGCGUUUCUUCCUGGCAGCGUGUGACGUUCACUCACUGGAAGAUAAGUUCAACGUGGAUCAAUACUCUGAUUUAGUCACCGUCACCAAACCUGUCAUCUACAUCUCCAUCGGAGAGAUCAUCAACACUCACACACUGCUGCUGGACCAUCAGGACGCCAUCGCUCCAGAGCACAAUGACCCCAUCCAUGAGCUGCUGGAGGACCUGGGCGAGGUUCCCACUGUGGAGUCCCUCAUCGGUGAAAAUCCUCUCCCUCCUGACGAUCCCAACAAGGAGCUGAUGGGGAAGACCGAGGUUUCGCUCACACUCACUAACAAAUUCGACGUCCCCGGUGAGGCCAAUGUCGAGAUGAACGCCAAGACCCUCCUGCUCAACACCAAGAGGCUCAUUGUGGAUGUGAUCCGGUUCCAGCCAGGAGAGACUCUGACUGAGAUCCUGGACUCAACAGCCGGCACAGAACAGGAAGCCGAGUACCAGCGCGCCAUGCAGAGGAGAGCCAUCCGAGACGCCAAGACUCCAGAGAAGAUGAAGCAGGUCAAACCGGUGGUGGACGACAGCCUGACGCUGCAGGGGAAGAAAGACAAGAUCAAGAGUAACCUGCAGAGGCUGGCGGAGCUGGGAAAGGUUCACCCCGAGAACCGCUAUCAGGACCUCAUCAACGACAUAGCCAAGGACAUCAGGAAUCAGAGACGGUAUCGUCAGCGUAGGAAAGCUGAGCUGGUGAAACUCCAGCAGACCAACUCUGCCCUGAAUUCAAAGACGGCUUUUUACAACGUGCAGAUUGAUUCAUACAAUCAGUAUAUCAAGACGUGCAUGGACAACCUGGCCAGCAAGGGCAAGUUGUCAAAGAAACCAGGCGACAACAAGGCCAAGAAGAGUAAACAGGUUUCACAGAAAUACACCGCCGCUCGCCUGCAUGAGAAGGGCGUGCUGAUCGCCAUCGAGGAUCUGCAGCCCAACCAGUUCAAGAAUGCUAUUUUUGAGAUUUCUCCAUCAGAGACCGUUGGCGUGUUUGAUGUGAAGGCCAAGUUCAUGGGCGUGCACUUGGAGACGUUACAGUUAGAAUAUCAGGAUCUCCUCCAGCUGCAGUAUGAAGGCGUGGCGGUGAUGAAGCUGUUCGACAGGGCCACCAUCAACGUCAACCUGCUCAUUUUCCUGCUCAACAAGAAAUUUUAUGGGAAAUAGAAAAAAAAAAAAAAAGGAUAAAAGGGCUACAGACGGACAUUGAUUUAAACCACAACACCCGCUUUAAGGGUGGCUGAAAGCCCUGACCCGAACCAUCCUGGUUGCUUCUUCCCCACUGCACUUCUCUUAUGUGCCUAUGCAAAUUUAUGUGCAUUAUUUUUUAUUACAUGGAUCACCGUAUGUGCUUUAUUCUUCUUGGAACAGUCCAUUGUGCGACUCAAGCCGGCACACAUCAGAUGCUAGUUUAGAGUCUUUUUCUAACUGUCUUUACAUCUGUAACUGCAGCUAGGUCAGAGGUUAAAGAGUUGUAUUUUUUUGCUUUAAUUAUUAUGAAUAUCUUGUGCAUGGGCUUUGAUUAAUUAUAAAAAAUGUAUGUUUUAUGUAAAGAGA